AACAUUUUGAUGUCCAGAGUUUGAUUUUGAAAGCAAAUGUGCAUAUUUUUCUUGAUCCCAGUCUCUCAAUUCUUUGAGAUAUUGUGAUUUAGGACCAUCUAGUGAGGUGAAAGACUCACGUAUUUUACACCCUUUUUGUGUGAACAUUUUCUCAAAUGUUUCAGAAUAUUUAGACAAACAGUUGCUCCUCUGUCACGCAGCUCUUGUUUGGUUUUGGUUUUGUUUUUUAAAGAAUGGGAGACUGAGGUUCAAAGGGGGAAAAAGUGACUCUUCUACCAGUUUAUAAAGAUGUUCUGAGCCUGCUCAUUUCUCACUCUUCGUCUUGUCACCUGCGAGGACGCCUGUGAGGAAGACCUCGGCACUUAAGAUCCUCCAGGUGACUGUUUCAGUCAUUGCAUGAGUGCACAACCCUGACGCAUCUGCAGAGGACCAGACUGCGGCGAUGGAAAGUAUCUCAAACGAAAGUGACAUUUGGCAAUUUAACGAAUCCUGGAGGAACUCAAGUCUCAUCAACGGCACCGGUGCUUUGAACCAGACGAAUCCUCUGAAGCGGAAUGAAGAAGUGGCGAAGGUGGAGGUCACUGUGCUCGCCCUGGUGCUGUUUCUGGCGCUGACGGGGAACCUGUGCGUCCUGCUGGCCAUCCACACCGCCAAACACAGCCAGUCCCGUAUGUAUUACUUCAUGAAGCACCUGAGCGUCGCAGAUCUGGUGGUGGCAAUAUUCCAAGUUCUCCCUCAACUUAUCUGGGACAUCACAUUUCGGUUCUAUGGACCGGACAUUUUGUGCAGGUUGGUGAAAUACCUGCAGGUCGUUGGGAUGUUCGCCUCCACUUACAUGUUAGUUUUGAUGUCCGUAGACAGGUGUUUGGCGAUUUGUCAGCCUCUCCGUUCUUUGCACAGGAGAAAAGACCGUUUCUAUGUCAUUAUUUCCUGGAUCCUCAGUCUGCUCUUCAGUGUCCCCCAGAUGUUCAUCUUCUCCCUGAGGGAGGUCGGCUCGGCCGGAUCAGGAGUGUACGACUGCUGGGGUGACUUUGUGAAACCUUGGGGAGCCAAAGCUUAUAUCACAUGGAUCAGCCUCACCAUAUACAUCAUUCCAGUGGCCAUACUGAGCAUUUGUUACGGAUUGAUAAGCUUCAAAAUAUGGCAAAACUUUAAAAUGAAAACCAGGCGGGAGCAGUGUAUCAGCCUGACGCCCAAAACCUCCAAAAGCAACACGCUGGCCCGAGUGAGCAGUGUGAAGCUCAUCUCCAAGGCGAAGAUAACUACUGUGAAAAUGACUUUUGUGAUCGUCGUGGCUUAUAUCGUCUGUUGGACCCCAUUUUUCUCCGUUCAGAUGUGGUCUGCGUGGGAUCCAGCAGCACCCCGUGAGGCCAUGCCCUUCAUAAUCUCCAUGCUGCUGGCCAGCCUCAACAGCUGCUGUAACCCUUGGAUCUACAUGUGUUUCGCCGGGCAUCUGUUCCAGGAUCUUAGGCAGAACUUUCUGUGCUGCUCUGCUCGCUACCUCAAGUCAUCCCAGUGCCGCUGUGAGCGUGACUUUGACUCCAGCCACAAGAGCAACUCCUCAACCUUCGCCAUCAAGAGCACGAGUAGCCAGAGGAGCAUCACACAGACUUCCACCACGUAAGCGCCUCCCUUCCCUCCCUCACGCUGCUCACCCAGCCUUCGCUAUAAAAGCCCAUAAAAUAUCCAGCAGUCCCUCUAAUACCUCUGGCCCUGAGGCUUGAUGUUCAAGCCGAGAGGGGUGGGGGGAAAUAUGAAACGUCUUAAUUCUUUUCUUUCAGCGUAAAGCGAAAAUGGAAUUGUUAAAUAGAAGAAUAUUCUACAGAGCAUUAUUAAGGGGUGAUAUGUUGUGAAAUAAAAGUCAUGAGAUAAUCAUGGACCAAGCUGAGUAAUCAACUGAAUCUUUUUUGUAUGUUUAUUUUUACACUUUUGUUGUUUUAGAUGUACAGUAUAUGUUUAUGUGUUUCCAGUGCAGAAAAUGCAAAUGAAAUGAAAAGAGAAUAUUUGAAGAAUUUCUCAGCACUAUCAGCCUUGGCCAACCACGCUAUUAAUUCAGUUAUUGCCACCAGCAAAGCUUCGUUGUCUGUAUUAUGGUGAAAUUGUUCCUAUGUUAUAUAUAUUGUGUGCCAUAUUGUUCACUUUAUAAUAUUUGCAGUGGAUUGCAUACAUGUAAACUGUUACUUGAGCUCUUGUUAGAUGUGAGAUGUCAUGGCUGUCACUGGUAAAGAUUUAACAAAAGAUGGGAAAAAAAUGAAUAAAGAAUGAAAGCAACAAAAAAAAA